AUGGCGAGGUCGUUUGGGCGGCGCCACAGUGUGGCGCGCAGGUCGGCAUCGGUGCCUGGAUGGGGUGGGGCGCGUAGCCCAAACAAAGCCGACACCGCCCGUAGCCGACGUGCGCCGCUCUCAUCUCUCAGACUUGCGAGCUCUGGCAGCAGUGGCAGCGUCAAGCACUGGCCGCCGACUGCUGAGCAUCACUGUAGUGCUGUACUAGACAUUAGUGUAGCGGACGCCGUACACUACUGCUCACUAACGUUCAUUACUGUCGCAUAUUCCUCGUGGUUGACUAUUAAAUCACCGCGUUGA